CGAGUUUAACAGACUUUAGCUUCAGGAAGGAGGAAUUAAACCGGGGGAAGAGCUUUAUUCCGGUUCUUCUGGCGGUUGACGAAGUGUUUCUAAAGUUUACCUGAACCAGUUCAACGGUUAAUGGCGACCGUCAGAGUUUCAAUAAAGUUCCGUUUGUCUGUCAGACACAACAACCGGAGCCGGUAAAGUAAACCAACAUGGCCAACGGUCAGGUGGAGAUCCACGACCCCCUCCCCAACCGCGGCGACCUCCCCAACCGCGGCGACCUCCCCAGCAGCAGCAGAACCGACCCUGAGACCAGAUCCAGCUCGGACCCCGAGAACACGCCGGAGCUCAGACUGCUCCGGGCGUACGCUAAGAGGAGGCGCCCGCUGAAGGUCGCUGACCCGGCACCCCCCAACGACCUGGUGGCACAAAAUGGCGACAUUCAUGACCAGAAACCCCCCCCCCCUCAGACUGAGGAGGAGGAGGAGAAGAGGAAGAAGAGGACGAGGGGGUUGAAACGUCUGGCGUUGAUCCUCCGGUGUAUCAAACCUCAGACUGAAGACGAAGAUUUACCCAGAAUCCCCGAGAACAAACCCGCCGCCUACAACCGCUGUCUCGCUGGAGAUGAUGAAGAGGAGGAGGAGGAGGAGGAGCUAGAGGAGGCGGUGAGUCGACUGACGGAGCUCGCAGAUGAAAUCAAGUUCAGUCCUCCAGAGAUCGAGUCAGACGCUCCAGAAGACGAUGUGGAGAAAGUGAUCGCCCUGCUGCUGAGAGAGACUGGAGACAGGGUGAAUGAGGAUCUGAAGGCUGUAGAUGGAGAACUCUUCUUGAACUUCUCUUUCUUUGAGAACUUGAUAAGCAGACUCCUGGAGAGGAUGGGUCUCCGCUCCCCCAACCCGACGCUCUGGGGCCCACAAGCUUCACCUAAAACCCAGAUCGCUGUGACCUGUGAGGUCACCACCCGUCUGUCUGCCACCGUCUCUCUGCCCAGGAACCGCAUGCUCGACCACGGAGCCAAAUACCUGCAGAUGUACUUCUCACCCUGGGUCCAACAGCAGGGAGGAUACGAGGAAGCCUUCCACAGUGAUGAUGAGGACGAGGUCCAGUGAACCGUCUCCUUCCAGAGCCGCCAACCGGUUCCAUCGGGUCAGCGCCGCCCCCCCCUCAGCGAGGCGUUCAGGCUCCCGCGGACUUUAAACGAGGCUACGAGGAACAAAAAGUUUACAUAAAGAUCCAGCAUUAGUAUCAGGAUGCAUUAUGGGAAAACUUUAUUGUAAUAUUAUCUGAUGUGCCAAAGUCUUAAAAACACUGUUCCAACAUUAAUUACUACAGUUACUGGACCUAAAGGCUCGGUUCUACUUCUGCUGGAAGAACACUCAGAGACACACACUCACACACACUCACACACACACACUCACACACACACACACACUCACACACA